AUGGAGGAGAUCAUUGGAAUGUGGGAGAGUGAUCUGAACCUGCUGACCCUGAAUCUGAAUCCCUUCAGCAGCUGGUCUGGGCAUCAGGGUCCGUUCUGUUCUAACCUCCUUCUUGCUCUUUCCUCCGUAGACUCAUCGAAACUGCAGAACCCGAGCAGGAAGCAGUCAGUCUCUAGAAGCCUCAAACAUCUCUUCAACUCCUCCAACAAGUUUGUAAAGACACUGAAAAGAGGGAUCUACCUGGCUGCUGUCUUCUACCAUAAGGACAGUUUACUGGUCACCGCCGAGGAGCAGAUUCCCAUCGUGGAGGUGGACGACUCCUACAGCAGCUCCCUCAUGCAGGACUUCCUCUGGUUCACCAAGCUGUCCUGUAUGUGGGAGGACGUCCGAUGGCUGAGGCAGAGUAUGUCCGUGUCCAUGUCGUCUUCAUCCACGCUGCAGGCCCGCCACAAGAUGCUCACCGCCGCCGCCCAGCUGCAGAACCUCCUGGGAACCCACAACCUGGGCCGGGUCCACUACGAGCCCAUCAAAGAUCGCCAUGGAAACGUGCUCCUGGUGACGAUCCGCGACACCGAGAGCCAGCACUCGCUGUUCAGCGGGAGGUGGAUGCAGGUGACCAAGCUGCAGAGCCAGAGGAAGUCGCUGUCCACGCCGGAGGAGCCGUACGCGCUGGACAUCCUCAUCAUCACCAUGCAGGACCUCCUGGCGUACCAGCGGCGCAGCACCCACCGCCUGGCCCCGGGCCUCUACCUGGGCUACCUAAAGCUCAGCAGCUCCGUGGACCAGAUCAAAGUCCUGGUGUCCCAGCGGACCCCCAACAUGCUGUGCCACAGCCGGAUCCGGGACAAUGCCAACGUGUCCAGGGAGGAGUGGGACUGGAUCCAAACGCUGGCAGCUGCAGGAGAAAAAGGACGCAGCGAGGAGGAGAGCGAGGAGGCGGAGCCCCAGGCCGAAAGCCACGCCCCUCUACUCUACUACGAGCUGCAGACGGCGAUAAAGGCACUGCUGAAGCACAUCCACGUCCCUCUGCACAAGGCCCGUCACUUCCGUCUCUACAGCCAGGAGGUGGUGGAGAUCGGCCACGGCGUCUCCUUCCUGCUGCUGCUGCCCCCGGCUGAUGACGUUUGCUCCGCCCCCGGACAGUCCAACCCCUACAGCCCGCUGUCAGGGUUCCUGCACCUCCCGCUGCAGAUGUUUGAGCUGGUUCAUUUCUGCACCUACAAGGAGAAGUUCAUCAGUCUCUACUGCCGUCUGUCCUCCGUCCUGGACCUGGAUGCCCUCAUUACCCAGCAGGCACUGCGGGAGGCCAUCACGGACGGCGAGGUGACAACCGCCAGAUCUCGACACCAACUCAUCCUGGACUACAUCCAGCAGCUGGAUGAGAUGCGGCGCGACCUCCGCUGGAUCACAGACGCCCUGCAGUACGCUCGCUACAAGCAUCCCCGCGGCGGCGUCCUCAUAACCUGCCUGGUGGACGCCAGCGCUCCAGAGAGUGAUUCUGGACAGCAGAAGACGGAUUCCACGUCCUCCACCAUGGACUACGUGCCUACGCCGCCUCCAUCGCCGGAGCUCCGGCAGAGAAAGGCCAUCAGUGAGUCUCUGCUCGGCUCCGAUGAGGACGGCUCCUCUGAAGUGUUCCUGCCCACCGACAGUGACUACGACUCCAGCGACGCCCUGAGCCCCAGAGACAUGGACCUGCUCUACUCUCCGGCGGCGGAUCUGUCUCAGCAGCUCCUGCACUCCCUGGGGGGCAGCGCCCCCGAUGUCCUGCAGAUCCACGAGCCCAGGUACAGUGUUUGCCCACAGACAGACCUCCCCACCUCCGCUCCUGGGAGGGAUCCUGUCCUACCCUCCUCCUCCUCCCCGUCCACAGAUCUCCCCCUCCCCACCUCGCCUCAGCCCCCGCCUCGCUCCAGGACCCUGCCCACAUCUCCCUCCCUCCCGCUGUCUCCCAGGUUCUACAAAGAUCUCCCCCUGUCCUUCCCCCUUUCCCCAGUUCUAUCUGACACCACCAAGACUUUGGAGGGCCUCUCUCUGACUAAAGAGGGCCCGCUCCCAAUGAGGGCCCUCGCCAAUCCCCCCGCCAAACGCAAGCUGCUCUCCAGGAGCCACCGGGGGCAAUACUUCAGCGGGCCCCAGCGCUGGCUCCAGGGCAACUCCGGGGAGAGUCUGACGGGGUCUCUUUCUGAGGGUGUUUACACCAAGCAGCUGGAUGCUGACCUAACGCCACUGGGGGACCCGCCCCCGGCACAGGGCCACACCUUCGUCAGCCACGCCUCCUGCGUCCUGGAGAGCCGUAAGGCCCGGCACCGGGAGCUGAGGCCGCAUGUUCGCAGGAUCUUCGUGGAGCCCUGCAGGGACGCAUCACCAAGCCAGCAGGAGGAGACUGUGACGGCUGCAGGAGUGUCGGUGGUGGUGGCCACGCCAGAGUCCGGAGAGGAGGGGGAGGAGCCAGAGGGAGCCAUCGCCCAGGAAGUGGACUCGGAUGACCAAACGAACGCUCAGGUCUCAGAGAUCCUCAGCAGCACACUGUAGGAAGGCAGCAGCUCAGGGAUGAGCGGACUGAUUGUUCCAUUAAAGCCACUGCAAACAACCGAGUCCGAGUCGUUUUACCUCAUAACUCCUGGAAAACCACCUACGACCCCCUGCCCCUCCCUCACCGUCACAAUGAAGCUGAAAUCUGCAGAAAAGGUCAACCAGUUCAUGGCUCAUCGCUUUAAAUCCGAAAGUUUGAACCUCUUUGCUCAGAUUGGACCAAUAAAGGCGGAGACUAGAGGAACGUUCAGCCACGUCAUCAGCAGGUAGAGCUGAUCUCCACAAACUGGGACCGAAAAAGGAAACAUCUGAACAGAGAAACCGUUGGUGCUAAUUUUUCUCCAGCAGUUUUAGAAACUGUUUCUGAGUUCAGUUUCCGUUACAGUAAUCCAUAUUUUCCAGGCUUCUCUUCUUGCUCCGUUUUUAACAUUGAAAUUAGGGACGGGCCUUUCAGUAAACAGCUCCCCAAAAACGAUGCA